ACUACCUCCCCCACUAACAUAAACUCACUGCCCUCUAAGGUUCCUAUCUAAUCUUUUGAGUUGCUGUUGUCAGUCUGAUCCCCUAUAGCUCUUUAAAAGAGCGCAAUGCUCGAGGCAGACUUUCUUGACUAGCGAAAUUAAACUAUUGUUUGGUUUUAAGACUUCAGACGCCUUAGUUCUAAGAUCUCCCUCACGAGACAAGAUGACAUCUCCGGCACAGCUGGAUUUCAACCUGCAGCCUCUUCUGGAAGAGCUUGACCAGGAUGAGUUGGGCCAGUUCAAAUCUAUGCUGAGGUCCUUUCCCCUGCAAGAGGCAUUUCACCAGCAGGAGCUCCCACACGCAGAAAUGGAACAGGCCAACGGGAAGCAACUGGCAGAAAUUCUCAUCAACAACUGCCACAGCUACUGGGUGGAGAUGGCAGCGAUCCAGGUCUUUGAAAAGAUGAACCGGGUGGAUCUGUCUGAGAGAGCCAAGGAUGAACUCCGUGAAGCAGCUGUGAAAUCCCUUCGUGAAAAGAAGCCUCCAUCACUAGUACCUUAUAUCACUGAAGGUAAAGAGGAUAAGUUUAGGAUUACAUUGAAGAAGAAGUUUCGGCAAAUCUGGAAGAGCAGCUUUAGCCCUGGAGCCAUUGAAAGCUUCCAUAUUGUCACCCAGAGAUACAAGAUGCUGAUCCCAUUCUGUAAUCCUAAAGUGCUGACAGGGCCAUUUCCAGACACGGUGGUGCUUCAAGGGCCUGCUGGUGUUGGGAAAACCACACUGGCGAAAAAGUUGUUACUGGACUGGACAGAGGACAAUCUCACAAAGACAUUCAAGUAUGCUGUCUAUCUCAGCUGCAAGGAACUCAACCAGAUGGGGCCGUGCACUUGUGCUGAGCUGAUUUCCAAGGACUGUCCUGAGUUGCAGGAUGCCAUUCCGGAGGUCCUAACCCAAUCACAGGACUCCCUGAUCAUCAUUGAUGGUUUUGAUGAGCUGAGAGUCCCCCCUGGGGCACUGAUCCGUGAUAUAUGUGGUGACUGGAAGAAGCAGAAGCCAGUGCCCAUCCUCUUGAGUAGUUUGCUGAAGAGGAAAAUGUUCCCCAGAGCAACUCUCCUUAUUACCACACGACCCUGGGCACUGAGAGAGCUCCGGCUCUUGGUAGAACAGCCACUCCUCAUAGAAAUGGAGGGCUUCUUGGAGAUGGACAGGAAGGAGUAUUUCUUGAAACACUUCCAAGAUGAGGACCAAGCCCUGCGAGCUUUUGACUUGAUGAAGAGCAAUGCAGCCUUGUUCAGCAUGGGCUCAGCACCCAUGGUGUGCUGGAUUGUCUAUACUUGUCUGAAGCUGCAGAUGGAAAAGGGGGAGGACCCCACACCCACUUGCCAAACCACCACAUCGCUGUUCCUGCAUUUCAUCUGCAGCCAGUUCAUGCUGGUGCCUGACAGGUGUCCCAGUCACUGCCUCCAAGCCCCAGUGAAGGCUCUGUGUCUCCUGGCAGCUGAGGGUGUAUGGACACAGAUAUCUGUGUUUGAUGGAGAAGACCUCAAGAGACUUGGGGUGAAGGAGUCUGAGCUCAGUCCUUUCCUGGACAAGAAUAUCCUUCAGAAGAGCAAGGACUGUGAAGGCUGCUACUCCUUCAUCCACCUCAGUGUCCAGCAGUUCUUUGCUGCCAUCUUCUAUGUUCUGGGGAGCGAGGAGGAAGAAGACAGGGAGAGCCACAGUGGGAACAUUGGGGAUGUGCAGAAGCUGCUGUCCAAGGAAGAAAGAUUAAAGAACCCCAUCCUGACCCAGGUGGGAUACUUCUUAUUUGGCCUCUCGAAUGAAAAGAGAGACAGGGAGCUGGAAACAACGUUUGGCUGCCGAGUGUCAAGGGAGGUCAAAGAGGAAUUGCUGAGAUGGAAAUUGAAACCUGAUGAGAACAAACCCUUCUCGGUGACAGGCAUCAAGGAGGUUUUUUACUGUCUGUAUGAAUCUCAGGAGGAGGAGUUUGUGAAGGAUGCAAUGGCCCAUUUCAAGGAAAUGUCCCUAAAGUUGAAAAAUGAAACGGACAUCGUACAUGCUUCUUUCUGCCUCAAGCAUUGUCAAAAUUUGCAGAAAAUUUCACUGAAGGUUGAAAAAGGGAUAUUUCUGGAGAAUGAUACUUCCUUGGAAUCAGGCUGUCAGGCUGAGAGAUCUCAGAAGGAUCAGCGCAUUCUACCUUUCUGGAUGGACCUUUGUUCCAUGUUUGGCUCAAACAAGAAUCCACUAUUUCUGGAAAUCAAUCAAAGCUUCCUUAGUGACUCCUCAGUGAGGCUUCUUUGUGAACAAAUAGCCUCUGCCACCUGCAAUCUCCAGAAGGUGGUCCUCAACAAUAUCUUGCCUGCCAGUGCUUAUCGGGAUUUCUGCCUCGCUUUCAGUGGUCAAGAGAUUCUGACACAUCUUACCCUUCAAGGCAGUGGCCAGAAUGAUAUGUUUCCCCUGUUGUGUGAGGUCUUGAGACACCCAAAAUGCGACCUGCAGUACCUCAGGUUGGGAUCUUGUUCAGCUACCACUCAGCAAUGGGGUGAUGUUUUCUCAGUCCUUGAAAUCAACCAGUCCCUAACAUGCCUCAACCUCACAGGCAAUGAGCUAUUGGAUGAGGGCGUGAAGUUGCUGUGUACAACAUUGAAGCACCCAAGGUGCUACCUACAGAAGUUGUCGUAAGUCUUUCCUCUCGUCUGUGGAGCAUCUCUGUUUUAGCUCUGGGGCCACGGAAUUCCAGCAGGGGUGUCUUAGUUAUCUAGUGCUGCUAUAACAGAAAUCCCACAAGUGGAUGGCUUUAACAAAGAGAAACUUAUUUUCUCGUAGUCUAGUAGGCUACAAGUCC